AUGCCAGCUGUCUGUCAAAGUCUUAUCAGUGGCUAUGAGGAAGAGAACCAAUAUUUGUUAGUGGAGGCCAUCCACAUUCAACGAGAGUUAAAACACUGUGGUGCUGAGCCCAUAGCAACCGAUCCGUGUGUUCGCAUGUUUCCCAAACAGUACGCAUCACCUCUACAAAUGCUGAGGCGCACCGAGAAUCAACCUAUAGCCCUCAGCAGCGAACUGCUGAACACUUGGGGAGGCACCACAAGACAGGAUCGAAAGGAAUGCUACUGCCAGCCCAAACUGCUGAGUGCUAACUACUGCAGGGUUGAGCCGUACUGCAAUAACAAGGUAGCCAGACCUCAGUUGCCCUCUGCUUUCGGAGGAAAGGGUUCGUUGUUUCCAAGUAUCGCCGCAAGGCUCGAGAACGACGUUGCCCUAGGAUUAGCCGCGUCACUUUGGCCAAGCGGUAAUGUCGUUGGCCAUUGCGAUGAUCGGCUCGCGCAUCUACUUGUUCUUUCAUCGACUAUUGUUCGAUGCAAAAAGAUCGCACAGCGCGACUGUGAGAAGUUGGGAGGUGUUGCUGCCGCUCGUGGUGUUUCUUCAGAACUUCGCUGUGAGUACAUGAAGGCCAUUGAGCAUUUGGUUUACCUUGAGCGUAGUGUGACGGAGACUAUUUUGCUGGUCCCACCAAAUUUGGGGGUAAGUCAGGAGCGGCUGCCGUGUCGCGGUGGCGCUGCAUUGCAGGACUCGGUUGCAAAGAGCCACACAUCCAAAGGCACUUCGGUGGAGUUGUCUGUUUCUAUAUUGAGUGCCGUACGCGUCUUGAAGGGUCUUAUCGAACCUGCUACGCUCACAGACCGGGCAACCUCCAACCCAACUUGGCAGUACUCCCUCGUACGCACCGCUGCAGACGUACCGAGUCGCUACGAUAUUGUUGACGCCAUGUCCUACACGUUGGAGCCCUAUCCGGGCCUCGCGGUGCCGCGGAUUUAUUGCGCAGUGGCGCGGCAACUCGCCCUCGAAAUUCUUCGGAGUGCUGGUAAUGGCUCUAUUGGCGACCGUGCCGCCGUCGCUGCGCUGCGUAUUUUACAGCACAUCAACACAAGAACCGAGUGCCUCUGCUCGGAGGAGCGAGAGGCGGGUCAGCGGUUCCUUUCGCGGCUUCAGUGGCGCCUGCAGCGGUUGACGCAAAUGUUGGCAUCAGAAGUAGUGGACGAAGCAACGCUGCCGACGCGAGAGCUGGUUGCCGCCACACGAAUGUUCUGCGGGGACCCUCCCGUCGACUUCUCUUGA